UUAAAAAAGACCAUUGACUUCAGAAUGCAAGUUGCAAAUAUAUGGACUAGCAGAUAGGGUGUGUGUGCCUAUGAUAUAACCAAAAAUCAUUGCUUAUAACCAAACCAGUAGACCUGGACUUAUGGAUGCAUUUGUCCUCUUCGGCUUGGCGGAGUCACUGAUAACAAAGCUUGCUUCUCGGGCAUUUGAAGAAGCUUGUCAGGUGCGGGAUCUAUAUGUAGAUCUUCAACAGUUCACACAGACUAUUUCUUACAUCAAAUCUGUGUUGUUGGAUGCUGACCAAAAGCAGAAGAAGCAAACCUUCUAUGAUGGCUUUGAGCUGAAGAAUUGGUUGUGGCUAGUAGGAGUUGUCCUCUCUGAUGCUGAAAAUGUGCUUGAUGAAAUUGAGUUUCAGAACCUGCGAAAGAAAGUGAUCAAAGAUAAUGGUGGCAGAAUCUUAACCAAGAUAAUUGAUAUUCGAAAUGACACGCAUUUAGCACAUAGGGGAGAAAUGACAUACUCCCGUGUGAUUAAUUCAGAAGUGAUAGGAAGGGAACAUGAUAAAAAAAAGAUCAUAGAUCUUUUAAUUCAGCAUGGUAAUGAUGAAAAUCUAUCUGUUAUUCCUAUAGUUGGGCUUGGUGGCCUCGGAAAGACCACACUUGCAAAGUUUGUGUUUAAUGAUGAAAAGAUAAGUAGGAAUUUCUCAUUCAAGAUGUGGGUGUGUGUUGCAGAUUUUUAUAGCUUUGACAUUAAGGAAAUAAUUAUUAAGAUUAUUAAUUCUGCUAAUGACUCUCCUAAAGGGGACGCUCCUACUUACCAACAAAAUUAUAGAGAUUUAGAUAUUGAGCAACUGCAGAAUCAUCUUAUAAACAAACUUAAUGGUCAGAAGUUUCUACUAAUCGUAGACGAUGUGUGGGUUGUAGAUCGUGUUAAAUGGAUUCAGGUGAGGGAUUUAAUACAAGUAGGUGCUCUAGGAAGUAAAAUCAUAGUUACUACACGUAAUAACUCAGUUGCUUCCGUGAUGGGAACCGUUUCCCCACACAUUUUAGAAGGCCUUUCUCUGGAGGAUUCAUUAUCUUUAUUUGUCAAAUGGGCCUUUAAAGAAGGAGUAGAGAGAAGGUAUCCACAGUUGGUAAAUAUUGGGAGGGAAAUUGUGAAAAAAUGUGGUGGACAUCCCUUGGCAGUGAGAACAGUAGGGGGUUUACUUUUUUCAAAAUAUGACUCAGUUGGGUUUUGGGAAAACGUCAGAGACAACGAAAUUUGGAAUUUACCAGGCACAGAUGAGAUUUUAUCGGCGCUUAAGUUAAGCUAUGCUCAAAUGCCAUCUGAUAUGAAGAAAUGCUUUGCUACAUUGUCUCUUUACCCAAGGGGUCAUACAUUUGAUAGUUUUCAUGUAACAUCGCUAUGGAGAGCACUUGGUCUCCUUCCAGCACCAAACGGUAACCAAAAUCAAACAUUGAAAUAUAGUGCUAACCAUUAUUUGUAUGAACUGUUGUCAAUAUCUUUUCUUCAAGAUUUUGUCGACUAUGGCAUUGGUUUUGCAUUCAAAAUAGAUGAUUUGGUGCAUGAACUUGCUUCGUCAGUUGCAAGAGACUGCCUUCUAGCAUAUCACCCUAAUCAUUUCAUGCUUGACAAUGCCCAACAUCUGUCUUUCCCUGAAAACCUACUGCUUGACGUAUUUCCCAUUGAAAAGUUUAAAUAUGUGAAGAGCAUACUAUUUCCUACAGCUGGAGUUGGACCAAACAGUAGAGAUUUCUUGAAUGCAUGCACGUCAAUUUAUAAACACCUGCGAUUUUUGGAUUUAAGUGACUCUAUGUAUGAGACUUUGCCUAGGUCCAUUGGCAACCUGAAACAUUUAAGAUAUCUCAGUCUUGAGAAUAAUAGAAAUAUUAAGAAACUUCCGGAUUCUAUAUGCAACCUUCUGAUGUUAGAAAUGUUGAUACUCAGUGGAUGUACAGAACUUGAAACACUUCCUAAAGGUUUAAAAAAUUUGAUCAGUCUCCAACAGUUGGAAAUAACAACAAAGCAGUGUGUUUUACCUGAGGACGAGAUUGCAAAUCUGAGUUCUCUUCAGACUCUCAGAAUCGAGUUUUGCAGCAAUCUAGAGUCAUUGUUUGGAGGGAUAAAAAAGCUCCCUGUUCUUAGAGUAUUGUGUGUUGCUAACUGUAGAAGUUUAAAGACUUUGCCACUUGAUAUUGAACAUUUUCCUGCAUUAGAGACUUUGCUAGUGGACAACUGUGACUUAUUGGAAUUUCCAGAGGGACACGAGGACCAAAACUCAAGCAUGAGAUUGAAGGUUGUAACUAUUGUUUCUCUGGAUCAGUUGGUGACAUUGCCUCUUUGGCUUCGAGGGUCUGUGAAUACAUUACAAUACUUGUCAAUUUCAAGCUGCAACAAUCUUGUGGCACUUCCACAGUGGCUGUCAGGUAUGAACUAUCUGAAAACAUUAUGUAUCACAGGUUGUCCUAAUGUAAUGUCUCUCCCCAAUGACAUUCAUUGCCUCCCCAGUCUCGAACGAUUUGAAAUCGAUGGCUAUCCUGAAUUGCAUAGAAAAUCUCAGCUGGAAGUUGGAGAGUCUUCCCGCACACCCAAUGGCAUUGAUGAACCAGAUGAAAUAGAAGAAGAUUUGGAAUAAUUGCAUGACAGAUAAAGGGUGCAAUUGGAGCAAAGACUCGAUGAUUAUCAGCAAAAGCACCUCUUACACUAUUUUUUGUGAUGGCUUUUUCUCAAAUUUGUGUUCUCUUUGUAAUAAUAAUGCAUGUUAUUAGCUUCCACUUUUUGUUGAAUUUAGCGUGUAUUGUUUGUAAAGUCAAUAGUAAGAUGCAUGAAAAACUUAUCCACAUCAUUCUCUGUAACAUUUACGAAUCAACUUAUCUGUGAUUAAUAAGGCCAUUGCUUGAGGUUGCAAAAUCUUAUACAAUGAUCAUAAAUCAAGACUCUACGUGCAUGUGUUCAUAAUAA